AUGGCGCGGCUCUCCGGUCUCCAGCGGGAGGUGCUAUCCCUGUACCGGCAGUGCCUGCGCGAGGUCCGCAAGAAGCCUAUCGACGCUCAAUCCAAUUUCAAAAACUACGCCCGCGCGGAAUUCCAAAAACAUCGCUCGGUGAAUAAGAAGGACUUUAGUGCCGUGGAAUAUCUGCUACGAAAAGGUCAUCGCCAGCUGGAGAUGUAUGCGUCUCCGGGCAUUCGCAAUAUCCGAUGA